GUUGACAUCGCAAUUAUAAAUUACAGAGAAAUUUAUGUAAUAUUUAUAUCAUACUCUGCUUUUUAUCUAUAAAUGUUUAUUAAACAGUAUUUGUAUAAGAAGAAUUUGAUAGAGAGUAAUUAAUUAAAUAGUUUGAACAUUUCAAUUGGUUGUGUCGGAAUAACUUUGAUCGAAGCGCCAAUUCAUCUAACCAAACAAUUGGCAAUAUUAUUGUCAGCGCCUCUGUUAUGAAAAUUGUGAAAAUUUAUGGUGCAAGUGACACAUAAUUUGUUUAUAAAAAAUAUUACCGUUAAUGCAAUAUCAAUAAAUAUACAUGAACUAAAUUAUCAUGAAGAAAAGUAUGUAAAGUACAGUUGAAUUGUUUGUGAAUACUAAAAAUUACGAUUAUGGAUGAAGAAACAUUAAAUAGAUUAGCAGCAGAAGCCUUGAUUGAAGAAGCCAAAUUAGGAGCAAGAAGAGCAGAAAUCAUGGGUCCAAGUGGUUGGGUCAAACCUAAAGAAACUGUCAACAAGAGAUUCUUAAGUUCAACAAUUCGUAAUGCUGUUAUUUUUAACAGACAUCGACAGAAAAGAAAAGAACGACCAAGUGAAAGUCACUCACAUGAAGACUCUAAAAAUUAUAAUAAGGAGAAAACAAGGUCCCGUAAAAGCAACAAAUAAUUCAAACAACUAUAGUACAUAUAAUUAAAAUUUCCAAUCAUUCUAUGGGAAUUUCAAGUGAAAGUAAAAAAUAUUCAAAAAAAUUUACCAAAGUAGAUCUUCAAAUAAUUAUAUGUUUAUAGUCUCAGAGAUUAAAAGAUAACUUAAAAGAAUAUUUUUAUCCUAGCUAUAGAAAUAAUGUCUUAAAGUGUUAUUUAAUUAAUAAUUAAUAUUUUUAUUUAUUUAAAAUUAUGAUUGCCUUUAUUUUCAAAAAUAUUUAAAACUUAGCACAAAGUAUUUGUAAGAAAUUCAAA